AUGCUAAACUCCGAUGUAGCACAUUGUUCUGAAGGUUUCAGUUUCGGUGUCAUAUGUGCUCAACUGGUCACCAAAACUUCUGCAUGGGAUUUGGAUAAUCGGGAAGAAGAUGCCUCAGAAAUAAUUUAUCUGGUAAAGAAAGGAGGUCAUAAUCAACAACGCCCUUCUCUCCACAGUAAAGAUGAUAUGGAGGCAAAUCCUGCUUUGGUAAGUUGA